AUGGAACGUGCAAACGGAGUUUCGGAACGUAAUUCCAACGAUAGAAAUGAAGAAAUAAUUUUGAAAAACCGUGAGACGUUGACAAACGAAAACGAUGAAAGUGCGAGAGUGACAGCGAAGUUCAGGAAGUCUAAGAGUUAUCUUGAGCUUAGCAAAAUGAGUUCUGUGCAGAGGCUGUCUGUGAACGAGAGGAGAGUGCUAGUUAUUUAUACUGGGGGCACGAUUGGUAUGGUGAAGAAUACGAAGGGCGUACUUGUACCACAAAAAGGUGCGUUCGAAAACCUGAUCCGUACCUACCCGCAACUACAUGAUAAUGCGUUAUGGAAGCAGAGAUUGAGCGAAAGCGGCUUUGAUACUUCAUUUUUGGUGUUGCCAGACGCUAAAGAUUUGAAUCUGAGAGUUAUGUAUAAAAUAAUAGAGUAUGAAAAUCUAAUGGACUCUUCAAAUAUGACUGAGGUGGAAUGGAUUAAAAUCGCAGAGGAUAUAAUGAAAUACUAUGAGGAAUACGAUGGAUUCGUCGUGCUACAAGGAACGGACACAUUAUCCUACACGGCCUCCGCUCUGUCCUUCAUGUUCGAGAACAUUGGCAAAUGCGUUGUACUGACUGGCUCCCAGAUACCGAUUUUUGAACCGCGUAGCGAUGGUGCCGACAACUUCGUGUCGUCCUUGAUGAUUGCAGGUAGCUUAAACAUCCCUGAGGUGACAAUUUUCUUCGGAAGCAGGCUCUUUAGGGGUAACAGGACCCGAAAGAUAUCUGUCAAUAAUUUCUACGCUUUCGACUCGCCGAAUUGCGUGCCACUUGUCGAAGUUGGUAUCGGCUUCGAAGCAAACAAGAAGGCAAUUUUCAAGCCGACGGUAAUCCAGAAAUUCCAGCUGCACGCCAAGAUGUCAAAGAACGUGGGCCUGUUGAGGAUAUUUCCUAGCAUCAGUGCGUCGGUUAUUAGAGCGUUCUGUCAGCCUCCAAUUGAAGGCUUAGUUUUGGAAAGCUACGGCUCUGGCAACAUCCCGUCUAACAGGCCGGACGUGUUCGACGAAAUAGCGGCGGCUGUGCGUCGAGGGGUCAUCGUGGUCAACAUCACGCAGUGCAAUACUGGCGCCGUCGCCUCUCCGCUUUACGAGACCGGCCGGUUGAUAGCGGAAUGUGGUGUAGUGUCUGGCUUCGAUAUGACCCCAGAAGCGGCUCUUACGAAACUCUCGUAUGUUUUAUCAAAGACUGAACUUACAUACCAACAGAAGGCUGAAAUGGUGUCAACAAAUAUAAGAGGAGAAUUGACAAACACGUCUACUAUAGCUAUAGAGGACAACACGUUAAUAGACGCAAUAGCGACCAGCCUCAAUAUCCAGUCCCCGAAGAAGUUGGUGGAGGUAACGGAGAAAGUAUUCAGUGCUCUACUUCUGUACGCGAUAGAACACGAUGACUUCCGUGGAGUUAAGAAGAUGUUGGAUAUGGGUGCGGACGUCAACGCGCAAAACUGCGAGGGCAAAACAGCCCUCCACGAUGCCAUUAUAAAAGGCAACAUUACUAUCAUAGAGUUUUUGUUGAAAAAUGGAGCCAGUGUUCACUUGAAGACGAGAUGUGGCGAGUCACCCCUCCUCACAGCCGUGAAGCAGGAUGACGCCGCGGUUAUAAAACUAUUGCUACAAUGUGGGGCGCAUUUAGCGAGCGUGGACUCUAAAUCUGUGACCGCUAUGAUGUCGCUGGCGGCUAGAAACGGCAAUGUGCAAACGCUCGAGUCGCUAAAACUAGCCGGAGCGGAUUUGAACUUGAGCGACGAACUCAAGCAGACUCCCUUGCACCAGGCGGUGCUGUGCAACCAGGGUGACGUGGUGCAUUAUUUACUUGAGAAAGGCGUCAAAAGGGAAGAUACUGAUCUCCUCGGUUUUACGGCGUUGCAGUACGCCAAGAAAUUGGGUCACAGUGAUAUUGUCGCUAGUUUGUGUAAUGAAAACUGUAAACCGAAUAAAUCAGUUGUAUAG